UGUCUGUCGGCUUUACUGUCGCGUUUGCUGAAUUUUAGUAAUUUUAUGAGGAACUACAUUACAACUGUGGUGCUAAAGUGUUUUUUCAUGAUAAAUGUAUGUAAUUGAUGAUUAGUUCAAAAAUGCAACCCACUGCGAUGCUUCCGAAACUAUCGGAGACAACUCAAACAAUAUCAUUCUCGGAGGAUGAUGAAAUAUGCAGUGCAGAAGUGUAUGCUUCCAACGUGGUUGUAACCUCCAACCCUGGCAACCACAACCAUGGAAGCUCCAAGAUGAAGCUGAAGACGCUGGUGGACUAUCACUGGCAGUCCAGGUUCUAUCCCGGGCAACUGCUGGCUGUUCACAUGAGUGGAGAGUUUCUGGCUUAUAGCAUUAUAGGUCUUUCAAUGGGUGCAAACUCGGGCACUUCAAAGACCCCCACCGGUAUGGUGCGAGUGGUGUACCAACCUGAGUUAGGAGGGGAGCAACGGGCGCUCAUAAAAGGCAUGAAGGGAGAGGUACAAGACCUCGCUUUUGCUCACAUUGAAAACCAAGCAGUGCUGGCCUCCAUCGAUGAAAUGGGGAAUUUUUAUAUACACGAACUUGAAGGCGAUGGUGUUAAUUUCAACGUGACGCCAGUGGCGGAAGUGCGGGAGGACACAGGUGUCGGUGGAAACACUCACCGCGUGGUGUGGUGCCCCUACAUCCCAGACGAAGAGGACGCGCCCGAUGAUGACGUGGCGCGCCUGCUGCUCACCACGCACGCCAACCAAGCCCGCAUGUGGAACAUCCGCGCCAUCAUAGCAGCCUGCAAGAGCGGCGGCUGGGUGUCGGCCGCCGACGCGCUGAACAUGGGCGCGGGCCGGGAAGCCGGCGCACACGAUGGCGCGGUGCUGGACGCGGCCUUCUCUCCCGACGGCACUGCGCUGGCUACUGCUGCGGCCGAUGGAUACGUCAUGUUCGCGCAGGUGUACAUGAACAACGAGAGCAGCCCGCGCUGCCUGCACAAGUGGCAGCCGCACGACGGCAAGCCGCUCAGCAGCCUGUUCUUCCUCGACAACCACAAGAACUACCUCACUGAUUCCAGCGUCCAGUUCUGGAAGUUCGCGGUGACGGGCGCGGAGAACAACACAUACAUAAAGAUCUGGUCGUGCAAGUCGUGGGCGUGCCUGCAGAGCUUCAGCUUCGCGCCCGCGCCCGGCGCCGCGCCCGCGCUGCUCAACGCCAGGCUCGACCCCAGCGCCAACUACCUGCUGCUGUCUGACUUCAACGCAAGGAGUCUUUACGUGCUGGAAAUGGCACGCGACGGCGACGACUCGUUGGCGUACUGCAAGAGAAUCUCCCAGUUCCUGCUGCGCUACCCAGUGCUGAGUUUUUGUAUCGUGGAUGCUGAGGAGCAGCAGACGAAGUGCGAGUCCCGCUGCAACGACCCCUUCCAUACAAACGGCUCGGGCGGCGACGCGGUCGACUCGCCCAUAGACUACGAGUUGCACCAUCAUGACGACAACGGGCCGCUGCACUGCGGAACGCGGGUUCACAUAAAGCUGUAUAUCGUCCACCCCAAGACCUUGCAACUCGCCCAGCUUGUGUACGAGCCGCCCGCGCCCGCCGACCGCAUGUUGCCCCUGAACGAUCUAGAAGAGCUGACGCUAGAGGACGGCGACGCGGACGAGUCUGCGGGUUUGCUGCCGUCCUCCAUCAUACAGCAGCAGACGCAGCAGCUCAAGAACCUGCUCAUGAGGACACAGACCCAGCCCGGCAGUCUGAUGGGCCCGCGGCCGGAGUCGCCGUCGUCGCUGCCGCCGCCGCUCAACCUCAUGACCCCCGAUGCUUUCAGUUCGCCGGGCAAGCGCGAAGACGACGACCCGCCUCUGUCCGCUACGCCCGACAUCUCCAACAAGUCCAUUCUAUCCGGAGGUGUAAAUGAGGAAGUCCCCCUGGGCGAGGUGAACAAAGCAUCCGGUGGCUCCAGUCCGAGUCGCGAAGUGCAAGAGAUCAUGGGACACAACGACCAACCCUUCUUCACGGAUAUGGAAGAAGACGAGGAAGCCACCAAACAGAACUCCAGCCAAGAAACAGAACCGGCGUCGGAGGCCGUGGCGCCGGUCACUGAUGACCUGGUGCCCACCGGACAACUGUUCAACGCAGAUCUGUUCACAUCUCCCGACAAACCGCCGCCUCCCGCCAAACUCACGCAUGCAAACAGCGAUACGUCUUGGCCUCAAAUCUCGCUCGCUCAGAUCACAGAAGCGAACCAGCGCAAAGCGUCAAGCGAAAAGUCAAGCACACAAUCGCUUAGCGCGCCGCUUUUACCGCUCGUCGCCCCAAGCGCGCCGCCCGUGAGCGACGUAAGCGUGAUCGAGCGAUACGUUGUAGAUGAGGACACGAAAAAUCGCUUACAGUCGCUGGAAGAGGACACGAAAAAUCGCCUACAGUCGCUUGAAGAGAAGCUGGAUAAUCUGACUGAGAUGAUGUCGGUGCAGUCCCGCACGAUAAUGUCUCUGCGCAGUGAGACGCACGCGCCGCGAGCACUGUUGGAGGAAUCGCUACAGCACACCGCCGCUACCAUUGACACUGCACUAAAUGCUGGAUGGGAGCGUAUAGCGCGAGUGGGUGAAUCCGCCAGCGCUGCAGCAGCCACGGCGGCUGGAGCCGGCGCCGCGAGGGCGCUAGAGCCGCUCGCGCAUGCCUUGCAACACGAGUUGGCCGCCAAGCUCUCCGCCACUGACAGGCUGCUGCGGGACAACAUCGACAAACUAGCCAACAGCAAGACAAUAAUGGAGCGCCUCAGCACGGCCAUAGCGACAUCACUAUCGGGAAUGGUGCGAGACUCUUUCCGAGAAGCAUUAUUAGAUAGCAUCGUUCCAGUAAUGGAAAAGGCGCACGCGCAGUUAUUCAGACAGAUCAACCACGCAUUUCAAAACGGUACCAAGGAAUUCACAGCUAACACGGAAGCGGCGGCGCGAGCGGCCGCGGAUAGAGGUGGCGCGGCGGCCGCAGCGUCUUUACGCACUGCACUGGAGAGGCACGCGGAAGCUUUAGCACAAGCUACGCCACUACAACCGCAGCUGUUUGCGGUGCAGAUCAAAGAGGUUGUGCAUGGAGUGUUGGAGAAAGAGGUGACAUGGUGGCGCGAGCAGACCCGCAGCGCGGUGGCGGCGUCGCGCGCGCACUCGCCCGCCGGCAACGCGGCCUCCGUGGCCGAUAGACAGAUGCAAGUGAGCCAGAUCCAGUCCCUCAUGAUGAGCGGAGACGUGAACGGGGCCUUCCAGCUGGCGCUGUCUGCCUCCGACCUGACGCUGGUGGUGGCGGCGUGCCGCGCGGCCGACCCGGCGCGCGUGUUCGGGCCGCCGUGCCGCCUCAAGCAGCACGUGCUGCUGUCGCUCGUGCAGCAACUAGCGGCCGACAUGGCCAAGGACACGCACCUUAAACACAGGUAUUUAGAAGAAGCGAUAAUGAACCUGGACACCAGCAACCCCGUGACCCGCGAGCACCUCCCCGGCGUCGUCCGCGAGCUGCAGAAGCAGAUCAUGGGCUUCCUCAGCUCCAGCCCCGGCCACGCGCUCAGCCGCCAGUUCCGCAUGCUGCUCAUGGCCACCGAGGCGCUGGUCAAGAGCACGGCCUGACCGCUGCCCUGCUGCCGCUGCGUGUGUGUGCGGAGCCAUGUGCACGCGCAUGUGUGACUGUGAUAAUAUACUGUUAUGUGACUCACGUGAUACAAAACGCCCUGCUGCCUCUGUGUGUGUGCGCGGAGCCAUGUACAGUCAAAGGCCGUAUGUCGUUUAGCACCUUAAUCAUAUUCGUGUGGCACGGUUAUGCUUAGGUGUAUGUGGCGUGUUUAUAGAAAAAGGUCAUAAGUGCGACAGGUUUUUGUUGCAAUAGUUUCGCGGAAUUGCUACUCGAAUUCUGAGGCCGACCGUACAUGCUCAUGUGUGACUGUGAUAAUGUUAUGUGACUUAGCGAUACACAAUGAGGGUGAUUUGGUGAAUAAUACUUGAUUUAAGGUAUAUGUGCCCACAGUCCACACUCUCACUCACACUGUCAAACACUGCCUAACUAAUAAACACAGUAACCUAAAUCCCUAAAAAACAGUGAUGGUCCAGUGGUUGAGAUGUCAUCCUAGUUAGGAGGUCUUGGGUUCUAUCCUGAGUAUGCACCUCGACAUUGUGGGUCAGAUCGUGGGCUUCACCUCCAGCGCUGGACGCGCGCACACCGUUGUUUCACCGUUAUCUUAUUAGGCCCUAUGUAUUACUAUAAAAUUAUUUGACGUAGGUACAUGUACCUAUACUCUCCGUCACACUGAUUAACUGCUGUAAAGACACUAAGGCUGAGAUCUAUAGAGAGCACUUUAACUUUGCUAAGACUUAAGACACCGUUAAAACGAGACAGCGUUACACCGUUGGCAUAUAUCUGUCUCGUUUUACUGAAACUUAAGUCUAAGUAAAGUCAAAGUGCGUUCUAUAGAUUUCAACCUAAGAGCUAGCCCGCACAGCGAAUAAAAAUCGCGCGGUUUUUUUCCGCUAUUCUGUAACAUUUGCAAUCAUAUAGAGAUGCCCGCACUGCAAUUUAAAAUUCGCGCGGAACAAAUAAUACAGUACAACCAAAUUAAUAGUGCGCAUAGAAAUCUUCCUCACUGUUCGGCAACGGUCGUAUGAUACACAUGAUAUUGACUCCUAUUUGUUUAUAACAAGGUGCAAAAUGCAA